AAUAGCAAACAAAAUUAAAAAAAGAAAAUUCAGCAUGUGCACUGGGGAGAGGAUGUUGUAGCAAACGGGAAUUUUACUGCUUUUAAGAAACUAUAACCACUUUGCUUUUGAUACUACUAUUAAACAUAACAAGGUCCCAUUUUCCUCUUGGAAUCUGGUGUUCCUGGCACAGGAUUUUGAAGGAGUGGAGAUGCUUGAGUUUGACAUUGGUGCAUGCCGUAUCUGGUGGUUAGAUUAAAUGGUACCUGAAACUAUUGGCUUACUUUUGCACCACUGCUCCAAAACCAACGCAUUUCGUUCUGGCCUUUCACUUCAUACUGCUGCCUUGAAGGUUGGUAUACAGGCUGAUGUCAUAGUCUCCAACCAUAUCCUCAACAUGUAUGCGAAGUGUGGCAAGAUUAACUUUGCUCGUCAGGUAUUUGAUGAAAUGUCUGAAAAAAACCUUGUUUCUUGGUCAGCCAUGAUCUCUGGUUAUGACCAGGCUGGGGAGCCUUUAUCAGCACUUGAUUUGUUUUCCCAAAUGCGCCUUGCACCCAAUGAGUACUUGUUUUCUAGUGCCAUUACUGCUUGUGCCAACCUUGUGUUGUUAGGGGAAGGACGGCAAAUUCAUGCUCAAUCGGUGAAGUAUGGAUACGCAUCUGUCUCAUUUGUUUCUAACUCCCUUAUCUCAAUGUACAUGAAAUGCGGUCAUUCUAGUGAUGCGUUGUCAGUCUAUUCUAGGGCAUUAGAACCAAAUGUUGUAUCUUAUAAUGCUAUAAUUACUGGAUUCAUAGAAAACCAGCAACAUGAAAAGGGUUUUGAAGUUUUUAAACGUAUGCAUCAAGAAGGCCUGAUGCCAGAUCGCUUUACUUUCGUGGGAUUACUCAGGGGUUGUGCUGAUUCAGAUGCUUUACACAGAGGAAUGGUAUUGCAUUGCCAGACAAUCAAACUUCGGCUUGACUCUACUGCUUUUUUAGGUAAUGUGAUUAUGACAAUGUACUCAGAGUUUUGUUUGAUGCAAGAGGUAGAGAAGGUCUUCAAAUCAAUCGAGGAAAAGGAUGUCAUUUCUUGGAACACUUUCAUAGCUGCUUGUUCUCAUUGUGAAAGCCAUGAAAAGAGUUUGAGAGCUUGUGGAGAGAUGUUUAAUGAAUAUCAAAUGAGACCAGAUGAUUUCACUUUUGCUAGCGCCCUUUCUGCCUGUGCUGCGAUUGCUUCCAUACUUUAUGGUAAGCAGAUUCACGCUCAUCUGAUAAGAACAAGACUGAACCAAGAUGUGGGAGUUGGUAAUGCCCUCACAAACAUGUAUGCUAAAUGCGGUUCCAUUGGAUACGCAUACAAUGUAUUUAACAGGAUGUCCCACCACAAUCUUGUCUCAUGGAAUACCAUUAUUGCUGCUUUUGGAAAUCAUGGGCUUGGAAGCAGAGUCCGGGAGCUUUUUGAGCAGCUGAGAGCAAGUGGUUUGGAGCCAGAUUCUGUGACAUUUGUUGGCCUUCUGAUGGCUUGCAAUCACGCUGGUAUGGUGGAUGAAGGCCUUCGUCUUUUUAAUUCUAUGCAAGAAACCUACGGUAUUGCUCCUGAAAUAGAGCAUUUUUCUUGUCUUAUCGAUUUGUUGGGACGAGCUGGGAGAUUAAACGAGGCAGAGGAUUACAUGAGGAAAUUUCCAUUUGGACAAGAUCCAGUUGUUUUAGGGAGUCUGCUUUCUGCAUGCAGACUGCAUGGAGAUGUAGUGAUGGGGGAGCGUUUAGCUAAACAGCUUCUGAAACUACAACCAGUGAGCACUUCACCUUAUGUUCUAUUGUCAAAUUUGUAUGCGUCAGAUGAGAUGUGGGAUUGUGUUGCAGAGGCGAGAAAGAAGUUGAAGGGUAGCGGAUUGAAGAAGGAAGCAGGUUUUAGUUUGGUUCAAGUAAAGGGAAAAUUUGAAAAAUUUACAAUAGGGGAUUUUUCUCACUCGAGGAUUGAUGAAAUGUUAGACGCCCUCAAAACAUUGGCUUGGGAAGGAGACCAAAUUUCUUUGGAUCUUACAGCGUAGCAUUUCUAAAGAUCCCUUUCAAAAAUUAAAAAGAAAUAUGUGAAUCCUUUAACACACACCUCAACAUUCUCUUGAACGAGUCAUUUAUCGCCACUCAAGUUAAAAAUAAAGGAAGCAGCAAUAAACAGCAAUUUCUGAUCUUUCAUUGCUUAUAUAUUUUCUUCGAGCGUUUAUACUACAAGGAAAAUAUAUGUU